GAAAUUUGAAUAAAAAAUUAAAAUUUGUGUGAAUUGACUGGCGUGGCCCAUGAGUACUGUCCAAAAGGACCAAAACCCUCCAUUUCCUCUUCUCUUUUUCUUUCACAGAGACGAAGGAUUUUAUUUUAUUUAUUUGGUAUCACUAGAUAUUAUUUACUUAUUUUAUUCGAACUGGGUUUAUUUAAUCAGGGACUGUUUUUAGGGGCUUUAACCCAUUCCUUCCUUUCAGUAAGCUUUCACCUUCAUUUUAAUUUAUGAAGAGAAACGCAUUCCAUUCUGAAUAUUGUUUUUGUUUUCUUUAAAUGCAAUUCUUCAGUUCUCAGUGCUUGAAUCCAAAAUUAUGUGUAAAAGAAAUUUGUAUACCAUGUGGUCUUGCAAGUUGGAAUCUUUCGUAACUGUGGAUUAGGGCUAGGGCUAUUUAGGGUUUUUCUUUCUGUAGAUAUGAUGAAGCAGAUAUUCGGAAAGCUACCGCGAAAACCAUCGAAAUCAUCCCAACAUGAACCCAACGGUGAUGCACUCAAUGGUAAUUCCUUUUUCAACUCUUCUCUUGGACCCAAUUCUUUAAACAGCUCUAAACCUGGUUCCGCUUUUAAAUUCUCAAAUUCAGGUUCACGUUUGAACGGUGGGACUGUUAAUUCUCAUUCAUCCAGUUCGGCCAACUCAAAUCAAGGGAAGAAAACUGACCCUCUUGCAAGCCAAGCAGGUCUUAUGUUAGUUUCAGGGAUUUAUGAGGCUUUGCCUGGUUUCCGGGAUGUUCCCAGCACGGAAAAGCAGAGUCUUUUCCUUAAGAAGUUGAAUAUGUGUUGUGUGGUUUUUGAUUUUGGUGAUCCAACUAAGAACCUUCGGGAGAAGGACAUAAAGAAGCAGACUCUGUUGGAGCUUGUUGAUUAUAUUUCCUCAGUUACAUCCAAGUUCAAUGAGUUGGCGGUGCAAGAGAUGGCUAGAAUGGUUGCUGCUAAUCUCUUUAGAACAUUUCCAUCUCCGAAUCACGAUAUCAAACUUCUAGAAAUGUAUGAUUUGGAAGAUGAGGAACCGGCCAUGGAUCCUGCUUGGCCUCAUCUUCAGAUUGUGUAUGAACUUUUACUUAGAUUUGUGGUCUCACCAGAGACCGAUGCCAAGCUUGCUAAGAGAUACAUGGAUCAUUCAUUUGUGUUGAAAUUGUUGGAUUUGUUUGAUUCGGAUGACCAUAGAGAGAGGGAUUAUCUGAAGACAAUUCUACAUCGAAUUUAUGGGAAGUUCAUGGUGCAUCGACCAUUUAUUAGGAAAGCGAUCAACAAUAUUUUCUACAGGUUUAUUUUUGAGACAGAGAAGCACAAUGGUAUAGCUGAGUUGCUUGAAAUCUUGGGAAGUAUAAUAAAUGGGUUUGCCUUGCCUUUGAAGGAAGAGCACAAGCUCUUCUUGGUACGAGCCCUGAUUCCUCUUCACAAGCCCAAGUGUGCAUCCACGUACCAUCAGCAGCUUUCUUAUUGCAUUACUCAGUUUGUUGAGAAAGACUACAAGCUGGCUGAUACUGUCAUCCGAGGCCUACUAAAGUAUUGGCCUGUCAUUAAUAGUUCAAAGGAGGUAAUGUUUGUGGGAGAGUUGGAAGAAGUUCUAGAAGCUACUCAGGCAGCAGAAUUCCAACGCUGCCAGGUUCCUCUUUUCCGUCAGAUUGGCCGCUGCCUCAAUAGCUCUCAUUUUCAGGUAGCGGAACGGGCUUUAUUUUUGUGGAACAAUGAUCACAUAAGAAAUCUUAUCAUCCAGAACCGCUCAGUAAUACUCCCUAUAAUCUUCCCUGCACUGGAGAGAAAUACCAAUGGUCAUUGGAACCUGGCAGUCCAGAGCUUUACACUAAAUGUCAGGAAGAUAUUCACGGAUGUUGAUCAUGUGCUUUUUGAUGAGUGUUUGUCCAGAUUCCAAGAAGAUGAAUUGAAGGAAAAAGAGAUGCAGGAAAGGCGGGAACUAACCUGGAAGCAUUUGGAAGAUGUAGCUUCAUCUACUACCGCAGCAAGCAAUGAGGCUGUACUGGUUUCUAGAUUUGUCUCUUCCAUUGCCAUUGCCACUGCUACUGCCACCAGCCCAACCCCAAAGGCAAUGGUGGGCAGUUGAGAGAUACAAUGAAAGCAACUGUUAAGAAAUCAGAUCAUAUCCACCAUAGUGAAAUGAUCCAUGGUGUAACCUGAAUGGUGCACCAUGGGAAUCCUGCAAUUUUUAACAGCGAGUCUCUACUUACUGAAUCAUCUGUGGAUAUUAAGGUCGUUGCUUUAACUUUAAUUCUGAAUCAUUCUUUUCUCUAUCUUCUAUACCUUCUUCCUUAUCCGUGGCCUAGGAACAUGUGUAUCAUAUCAUAAGGGUUUAGUUUUUAUGGACAGUUCGUUGUAUUUACAAUCAGAUACUAUUUAUACUGUACUAUUCUUUGUAAGGAUAUAUAUAUUUUGACACAAAUGUAUUAUACGACAUGUAUAAUAGCGAGAAAAAUAUAAA